AUGGUUAGCUUUUGCGCACAGCUUUUGAAUGAGGACUGAGGUCCACGCGAACACAAUACGGCCACCAAAAGCAAUCAAUAAAAGGAGUUCGUGAAGUGAUGUUUCAUUUGGAAAGUACUUCCCUCAACAUGAGGGUCUGCAUCUGAUUUUUUUUUUUUUAAAUAUUGAACACAGGCUGACUUUUGGUAAAAAAGUUCAAUAUCCAUUAUUAUUCCACAGUUUGGGCUGAACGGAUCUGGGCGCAAUUACGCACAGCAGCAUGAUGGCACUGAUGUUGGACAGACGCGCGCCCGCGCUGCUCUUGGUCUGGAGCUAUUGCGUCCUGGCAGAUACAGCCUUUACGAACUUUACUCUGGACAACGAGUUCCACUCCAGCUUUAUCCACCGCCGGCUGAAGAGCCAGGAGCGCCGGGAGAUGCAGCGGGAGAUCCUGUCGAUCUUGGGGCUGCCGCACCGGCCGCGACCCCACCUUCACGGGAAGCACAACGCCGCCCCGAUGUUCAUGCUGGACCUGUACAACGCCAUGUCCACGGAGGGAGACGAGAACAGAUACUCCUACCCCUACAAGCCCGUCUUCACCACGCAGGGCCCCCCGAUAGCCAGCCUGCAAGACAACAAUUUCUUGAACGAUGCAGACAUGGUGAUGAGCUUUGUGAAUUUAGUGGAACAUGAUAAGGAAUUCCUACCUGUGCGUCGGCACCAUCGGGAAUUCAGAUUUGAUCUUUCACGAAUCCCAGAGGGGGAGGCAGUCACUGCUGCCGAGUUUCGCAUAUAUAAGGACUUCAUCCAUGAACGUUAUGAUAAUGAGACGUUUCGCAUCAGUGUCUACCAGGUGUUGGAGGAGCACUCUGACAGGGAGUCAGAUCUUUUCCUGCUGGACUCCAGAGUCAUCUGGGCAGCAGAGGAGGGUUGGUUGGUGUUUGACGUGACAGCAACCAGUAACCACUGGGUCCUGAACCCUGGCAGGAACCUGGGUCUACAACUGGCCCUGGAGAGCAAUAACGGAGAGAGUAUCAAUCCUCGUGUGGCAGGACUGAUUGGUCGCAGUGGGCCUCAGAAUAAACAGCCUUUCAUGGUGGCCUUCUUCAAAGCCACCGAGGUGCACCUGCGAAGCAUCCGCUCCGCGUCAGGAGGGAACAAACAACGGAACCCCAACCGGUCCAAAGGCGCAAAGAGCCAAGAAGCACUCAGAGUGGCCAAUGUUGCAGAAAACAGCAGCGCUGAUCAGAAGCAGGCGUGUAAGAAGCAUGAACUCUACGUCAGUUUCCGAGACUUGGGCUGGCAGGACUGGAUCAUUGCUCCAGAAGGAUACGCAGCAUACUACUGUGAGGGAGAGUGUGCCUUCCCGCUGAACUCCUACAUGAAUGCCACAAACCAUGCCAUUGUGCAAACACUUGUUCAUUUCAUCAAUCCAGACACAGUCCCUAAACCUUGCUGUGCCCCCACGCAGCUCCACGCCAUCUCUGUGCUCUACUUUGACGACAGCUCCAAUGUCAUCCUCAAGAAAUACCGCAAUAUGGUGGUCAGGGCAUGUGGCUGCCACUAGACCAUCAGAACCCCCCUACACCAACCCCCCCCCCCCAUACACACACACACACACACACACACACACACACACACACACACACACACACACACACACACACACACACAUGCACGUGUGAUCACACUGCCAGCAACUGUGGAGGUGGCUGUCAUCUGACGCAGGGUAAAACACGGCCAAAUGUGUUACAUUUGAUUUGGGAAGGAACUUUUCUUUUAAGACUUCUCAUCACAAUGCAACAUAUGCAUCCACUCACACACGCACGCACACACAUGCACUCACAUUUGUGCUUUCUACUGUGUAUACAAGACAUUUAAAACAGUGAUUGUACUUUAUAAUCAUUCUUUCAAAGUCAGCAAUCAUGUGUUUAUUUCAAUGAUCACAAUAACUAUUGUAAUUCAUUAUGUUCAUUACGCAUACAUGAAUAUGGGGCUGAGAGGAAAAUGGAUGGAAUCUAUAUUUCCUCUAUGUACAAUACAGUGUAAAUAUUUGUUAUUUUUUUUCCAACAAAACAAAUGUAUUUAUUUCCUGCAAUGUCACUUGGAUUGGUGUUUUUUUUUUUUUUGUUUUCCAGUACGCAAUGCUGCCUGGUCUCUUUCUUGUGACAGUAAACAUGAAAUGAAAUGUUCACAGGAAACUACUUCGACAAGAGUGUUGCCUCAAACAUUAGACACAUUUUUAACAAACAGCCGUAUGAACAUCUUGUUCUCCGUCCUCGACAUUUUCAGGUUUGUACUUCUCUGCUGUAAUAUAAUCUGUCAUAUUUAAAUGGUCUAUUUAUUGAGAGCCGGAUAAAUUGUUCCACAGUGGGCUCCAAUGGUUCAACUAUGUUUAACUGCUGAACUGGUACAACAAUAAACUGGGAUAAAAUCUUGACAAGUGUUUUGUAAUCUAAUCAAAGAAGAGGAGGAAGACACGUGCACAAAUAGUACUAUUUCCCUAAUCCUUAAAAGCAGGCAUAUUUGGAAAAAAAGAAACUGGAAACCGAAUGCAAUGAUUUGGAAAUUUCAUAAAGUAGAACAGCAACUUGUCUCAAGAAAAUUGGAACAUGAGCAACAAAUGACAGGUGGUAGUAAACUGAAACAAAUACAGGAACAUCUUGUAGAUCAUUUAAUGAUAAUAUGUGAUUACAGUAAGUAUAAAAAGAGCAUGUUGGAGAGGAAGAGUCUUACAAUAAAAGAUGGGCAGCGUGUCACAAAUCAGUCAAAACUAUUUAAAAAUGAUGACUAAUUUCAGAAUAAUUAUUCUAAGUGCAAACUUGCAAAAACAUUGACUAUUUCAUCCUUUGCAGUGCACAAUAUCAUCUAAAACUUCUGAGAAUCUGGAGAAACCCACAAAUGUGGGUUAAAACGCUAUCAUGGAAAGAUGAAACCAUAUUUGAGCAGGAUCCAAGAAGGCUGCCAACCUCUCUAGCCCAAAGUUGUUUUAUUCAUUUUUUAUGAAAUAAAAUUGGAAAAUGUUCUGUGGUCAGGGAAGGUUUUUUCAGACGAGGUUUUGAAUAUUUGUACAUGACAAUGCAAAAGCACAUGUUCCAAACCUCAGUGAAGAGCAGACGAGUCUGGCUGUUGAACUGGCUGUAAACACAGACUUAGAACCAGCUAAAAGCAUUCAGUGCACCGUAACAUGAAAAUGAAGACCCAGGUUUGCUGA